ACACUUGACCGUUGGCGAUUAACCUCAAUUGCGAAGCAAGAAGCCAUGAAACUGCUGCUGAGUUCCCGAUGCGGGCUUCUGACUUGCAUCAGCUCUUCAUUCACAAGACGGCAUGGAGCGGUGGCAGAACAAACUGGCUGUGGUAACAGGAGCCAGCGGAGGCAUAGGCGCCGCCUGUGCUCGGGCCAUGAUCGGAGCUGGACUGCGGGUGGUGGGCCUGGCUCGUCGGGAGGCAAAGAUGAAGGAGCUCAGGGACAGUCUGCCCACGCAUCUGCAGGGCAACUUCAUACCGCGGCGAUGCGAUGUCUCCAAGGAAGAUCAGGUGCAGAGCUCCUUUGACUGGAUCGAACGGGAGCUGGAGGGCGCCGACGUGCUGCUAAACAAUGCUGGCAUCACUCGCGAGACGGAACUGGUAACUCCGGGCAACACGCAGAAGCUUAAAGAGGUGAUUGACACCAAUGUGAUGGGCGUGAUCUGGUGUACCCGCGAGGCGUUCAAUAACAUGAAACGGCGGGGCGGCGAAGGCCAUGUUCUGAUCAUAAACAGCAUAGCCGGACACCAAGUGCUUAACUUUAUCGACGUUUUACCAUCGUUCAAUAUAUAUCCGGCCACCAAGUUCGCCAUCACGGCCAUAACAGAGACGUACCGACAGGAGUUCCAGCUGCACUCGAACAAAAUCCGGGUUACCGGCAUCUGUCCUGGGGCGGUGAAUACGAACAUCUUUCCGGAGGAGAUCCAUUUUUACGUAAAGGACAUGGCCAGACUCGAGCCUGCGAACAUUGCAGACGCAGUGAUGUAUGCGCUGCGAACUCCACCGCAUGUUCAGGUCCACGAAAUUACAAUCAAGCCUAUGGGAGAAAUUUUUUGAUCUCCCAAUAUACCAGCAGAUGAUUUUACUAUGAAA